AUGCGAGAACCACUUGGCAACUCUUUCUUCCUCGCACAGUAUGUUCCGUUAUUAAAGGUAAAUUAUCAAUUUAGUGCCAAAAAGUCUGAUUUAACGUCUCAAAUAAGAUGGAUAAACUUUCUGCAUAACAUAUCACAUAAGCUAUUAUGGGAUUGCCUUGAAAUUCAUGGACAAAUAAGUGAUACGGAAUAUUGCGCUAUUUUUCACUAUAUUAAAGCUUUAUGCACCGGUGUUGCAAAUGAUAAAUUUAUAGAAAUUAAAAUCAAGGUAGAAGCAUGGAAAUUUGUUGCGAAAUUUAUUUUGAAAUACGGUGCUUAUGCAAAAAAUUAUAAAGAGCAACUUGAAGAACAAAUACCUGUUCGUAUUUUACUCCGACAAGCGGAAAAGAGUUUACUGAUGAUUUAUAAGAAGGAACUUGGAGAGGAUGACAAAUAUGUGGAUCAGUAUUUGCGAAUUACUGCAUUUUAUUUAGAAAUAUUAUAUAGAAUUACAACAGUGUAUAAGCCCUCGGAAUUUCCUGAAGUUAAAAUGUUUUUUGAAGUUUUACUCCUUUCCAUGUCGCCACCUAGUUUUCUGCGAGGGAGCAGCAUUUUCACUUGCAUCGAGAAGCAUGUCUUCCCUGGUUUAUACAAUAUACUAUUAUUGUUAUAUAAAAAUUACGAAUUUCAAAAGUUGAUAGCAAAUCAUAUUGGAGGAAGCGACUAUUGUUACGAGUUCAUUGUAACGUAUAUUCGUUGUUUUAUCACCAAUAAAGAAGAUGAUUACUUUGAAAGAAGUGCCGAACUGAUUUUCGAAAUUUUUAAACGGUUAUUUCAAAGACCUGAUAUAUUCGUGAAUGCAGUACGUUUUGAUGAAAUAAUAGAUGUGUUUGUUACUUUGGCUCUUUUGGAUUCUUCCGGGACUUUGUUAAGCAACAUGCAGCAAUAUGUUAUUAAAGGAAACUCAGCGUUAUCCUUUGCAUGUACAGAUGUCUUGAUAUUAGUAUCAAGCUGUAAGGACAGUCGAGCUUAUGAGCUCAAAGAUGGUCUUCAGUUCUGGGUGGAAACAAACAAUCGUUUCGCUCAAUUUUCCUCAAAUUACCGGCGCCUUAAUGUUGAACGACUUAUAGAGCAUUAUAUAGUAUUAUGCUCUGGAUUAAAUUUGGAAGAAAACAUCGAACAUCAAUGUCAUCCUUCCAUUAACUUACAAAAUAAUUACAGCGUACUUCGUUGCAUAAACAAUGUCAGCAAUACAUUGGAUAUGACAAUGUUGAUCUCGAAAGCUAUCAGCAAACUUAGCAGAUUGAUGGAAAUUUUUGACCGCAAUGCGAUGAGUUUAAAGGACUAUUAUAAACUUGUUUCGCACAUGUACAAGCUUGUGAAAUAUAAAGCAGAAGUCCCUGAUUGCUUACAACAAAAAAUUGCGGAGCUACUUACAAAUUGCGGAGCGAAACCAUCUUUCCAAAGGCUGAUGAGUGCUGGAUUAUUACUUAUGGCGAAUAACCAUAUAAAUGAAGAAACACAAUUGAAAAUUAUUACGUUUAUUGAAAAAAAUGUUCAAAAUGGAAUGUACUUUCCGAUGCUGGCGUUUUGGUUAAUUAUCCAAUGCUUCCGUAAGCAGAAAGCUAAUUCGAUUGUUCGAAAUAUUGCCGAAGCUAUUUACAACCAAGUAGAAAUACCUGAUAUAAUUCAAGUUAGCACAUUUGAAAAAGUAACUAAAUCAUCGGUUAAUUGUGCAGCUGAUUUUGAGUUCUACGCCAACAUUGAAAAUAACGUAGAAAGUGCGAUAAGUUUAAGGCCCACACAUGUUUUUCGUAAACGUCCACGAAAUGACAUAACCUUCGACGGAAGUGAAAUCGACGACACUAUACAAAAUAUCAAUCAGUUGUUGCAGAAAAUUACCAUGUUUUCUCAAAAACUAACAGAAAAUGAUUAUGCAAAAUUGAAUAAAUUAUGUAAGGAUAUUAAAGUAAUCACUGAUCGUAACUAUUAAUACCCAAAGUAUUAACUUAUUAAAACAUAGAAUGUGUAACAAUAA